GAGCAUAUACAAGCCCAUCCCAUUGUAGUCUAUCACAUCGAUCCUCAAAAUGAAGACCCUAAUCAUUCUCUGCAUCCUCUCCCUUUCUUUCUUUCCACUGUCCAUCUCAGCCUUCCCACCACACAUCCGCCUCCCCACCCAGGAACCCUUCCCCGGAAACCAGCCCGUCCUAGACGCAGAAGGCAAACCGCUCAUUUACGGCGACAAAUACUACGCCGUUCCGGCCACCCUCGGCGUCGAAGGCGGCAUAAGCCUCGACAGUUACCCAAUCCAAGGAACCACCCAACAAUCCACUUGCCCAAACGCCGUCGUUCUUAACACCAGCGUCGCCGGCAUCCACCCUUUCGCCAAGGGCCUUCCCAUAGUUUUUUACCCCCGAGGACUCCAAGAAGUCCAGGAAAGCCUCCCAUUGAACGUGGCGUUCUACCGGGAGGAGUCCGAUCCUUGUGCAAAGGAAACGGUGUGGAAGCUCGACGAGGAAGCGGAGCAGCCGGUGAUAGUGACCGGCGGCGAAAUAGGGGACGAAGAUGAUGUUACCAACUGGUUUAGGAUCGAGAAGAAUAGCAAUGGUGGAGGGUGGGGGUACGUUUUCACGUUCUGGCCAAGCCUUUGCUCUUACUGCAGGAUUAAUUCCUGGCGCAUUGGCACCGUUGGGCAGGGCCGUCAGUUGGGAAUCAACGAUAGAUUUCCAUAUCCUUUUAACUUCGUUAGAGCAGAGUAGGCUGCAGCUUUGAGCUGAUGGGCACCAAAAAUCAUGCAUGGAAUAAUUAUUAUUAACAUAUAAAUAAUGGUGUCUGUAGUCUGUACCCGUACCAGGUUCAUAGAAUCACGGGAAGCCUAUGCUUGUAUCCCAUCCAUGCAUGCAACAGUUUUUGGUGAACUAAUAAUAUC